AUGACUCUAUGGGAGAGCUUCUGCUCACAGAUACCUGCGAAUGGUACAGUGUGGAUUAAGACCUUUUGAGAGUGAUUGUCACCCUGCCGAGGUGGAGAAGACAACCCUUGGCAGGAGCCUCCUACUCUGUGUUUUCCAGGUCAGUGCCAGGUUUUCCUGGGGAGCUCAGGGGCUGCCAGCAGCAGCUGCUGUGAUGUGGAAAUACCCAUCUCUGUGUCAGCUUCAUUCAAAAGGCUGGAGAAAGGCAGCUGAAUGCCGAGUGGCACAGGGAUAAGACCGCUGGGGAUGGAGAGGUGGGAGGGAUUAUCCCAUGGCCUCUGAGCAUCACUGUCUGCACAGUGUGUGUGCACUUAUGCGGAGACCUCAGAGCACUAAGGGGUUUUUAGUGGCUUUUUCAGUAGGUGUUUGAUGGAAACUUUCAAUUGUAUUUUAAGUGUCUGUUGUAGGGAUGGGGGCAGGGAUGGGUUAAUUUUAUUAGCUUUGUGAAAAGAUGUUGAAGGUAAGGAUGCUCAUGAGCAUGAUGCUCCAUUGCUCUGCAGUCUGCCGGGUUUGAUAAAUGUUUAAUGAGGGCUGGACCAGCAGCCGGGAGUUGUUGGGGCUCUUGGGAUCUGUUGAGAUAACUGGGAUUUUCAGCGUGUGGAGACAAGACGACUUUCAGGAACGUUUGUAUCUGCUAAUCAUGCUGUAAUAACAGUCUGCAAUCGAGAGGCUGCAAACCCCCCAUUUCUGACACAGCUGUGCAUAUUUAAUUCGAUAGAAAGCAUUUCUAGUCUGCUGUUAGAAGUAAUUCAGAUUGCUAAGGUGGUAAUUUUGAUCAUGGUAGUUUUUAGGGAAAUAGAGGUAUAAGCUGCACUGAAAAGUUAAUAAAUGCCUGGUACAAAACAAAUGCUGGGGGGUAAAGAGCACGGACAUAAUGGGUGGCUGCCAGUGCCUCACUCUGCAUCCCCGACCUUGGCUAUUCCUGCCUCGCUGAGCCAGCAGCAGAGGAAAGCAACAACCCUGGGCCCAUUAGGUUCAUGAAGGAAGUUUGUCCUGACCUAUUGCCUGUACCACAAAUUUUGGACAUUGGGGCAGUCGAGCCGUGGUGAUGGAUCACCAGCACACCAGCAGUGCUGGGGGGAAGCACCAAAGCCUGGUGGGGCCAUGGAGGGUUGGCAUGACCUGCUCCAUGGCAAUGCUUUCAGCUGACCCCAGGGUCUAGACCACCGAGCUGGCAUCUUUCAGGAAAAGAGGUCAGGAGGAGUGUGGGUUUUAUUUUCCUUCAUCUUGAGCGCAGCUGGGAAAAGCAAGUGCUUUCAGGGCUCCCAACUCCGUUUCUCUCUGUAAAAUGUUCUUUUGCAAAAUUGAUCAUUUCUGUAGGUUGAGGGAGUCUCUAAGGAACUUUUCUGUCAAGCAUCUGAAAAGUACCAUUAUUUCUCUUCCAUGCUGUAACAGCAGCUCGACAUUUACAUUUUAGCUCACUAAAGAUAUCUCAACAAUCUCAUUUUUCGUGAGAAAUUUCAUGGUGAACAAAGCAAACUAAUCCCAUUUUCAGGUGGUUAGUGGUGUAGUGUCUGGGUUGCAGAAACCACAUGGAGUGCUGGUGUUUAUCAAGUGUUUUAAAAGCCUUUUUGUUUAUUUUAUUUUGUUUUGCCAUGAGAUGUUACUUUUUUUGGAAAGCAUCUAGAAUAAUGAAGCAGCUGGUGGCUGAGUCUCCUGCGCAGGGUGCAGAGGAUGAAGGAUGGCUGGGGUAGCUGGAAUCAUUCACUGUGUGCUGUGGACCACAUAAACAAACAAACAGGCAAUUCCUGUGAACCAGGAGGUGUCAGAAGUACUGCUUAACUUCAAAGAAGUAUUAAGAACUGAGAUUCCCAGGAUGUAAGAAAUCCAGUGCUUUUUGCAGGUGGACCAGGCAGGGCUAUAUUAGACCCUGCUCAGGAAGCCUUGGCUGGAGUUUCUGACUGUCUCCCUGGGCUCCUGGGGCAGCUUCUCUUGUCUGAUGUGAGGCUGAAUAACAGGGCAGAAAUUUGGACUGAGGGUUUGGAUGCUAUUGUUUGGGACUUCAUUGCUUUCUGUGUCAUGCAGCUGACAGGUCCACUCGCGGAGCUGAUGGUCACAACCAGGGCAGAAAUUCAUUAAGCAAAACAGAGUAAAAUAAUCAAGGUGUUUUGGAGCUGUUUGCAAGAUCUACUGAGUUGGUCGCUCAUCCUGUCAAAAGAAGACACCAUUUGGGGCAACAGUGUGCUGCCAGUGGCUGCCAUGGCCAGCAAAAGAAAGUCGACAACUCCCUGUAUGGUGCGAACUUCUGAAGUCGUGGAGCAGGAAGGCGCUGAGGGUGUAGAAACUUCUAAAGAGAAGGGGACUGGCACACCACAGCAGGAUUCCAAAAAAAACUGGCCUUCAGAAAACUCAGUCAAAGACUGUGAAGUGGUUGAGGCAAAGCCCCCAGCUGAAAAUCAGUCUAAGAAACCCCAGGGUGGUUAUGAGUGUAAGUACUGCCCUUACUCAACACAAAACUUAAAUGAAUUUACAGAGCAUGUUGACACUCAGCAUCCAAAUGUCAUUCUCAACCCCCUGUAUGUCUGUGCUGAAUGCAACUUCACAACCAAAAAAUAUGAUUCUUUAUCUGACCACAACUCAAAAUACCACCCAGGAGAGACUAACUUUAAACUGAAAUUAAUUAAACGCAAUAAUCAGACUGUUUUAGAACAGUCCAUUGAGACCACCACUAAUGAUGUUGCUGUCACGGGUGGGGGGCUAGAAAAUGCAGAGUGUGAUGAUUCACAUCAUGGGGGAAUUAGCACAAAUAAAGUGCCAAUGAUGAAACUGGGAAAGCCUAAAGGGGAAACCAAGAAGGGAUCCAAAAAGCCAGAAGAGGGAGUUAUGGAAAACCACGUGGAUGGUGCUCUCCCCCGUAUCAUAACUGAAGCCACUGAAGCUAUUGCUUGUAUAAAUGGAGACCUUCUCCAAGAUGUGUUAGCCCAUGUUAUGCCCUCUGUACAGCUACCACCAAAUAUCAACCUUGUCCCCAAGGUCCCAGUCCCUCUGAACAGUACCAAAUACAACUCUGCACUGGACACUAAUGCAACCAUGAUCAACUCCUUUAAUAAGUUUCCGUACCCAACACAAGCAGAGUUGUCAUGGUUGACAGCAGCAUCGAAACAUCCGGAAGAACAAAUCCGAAUCUGGUUUGCUACGCAACGUUUGAAGCAUGGUAUAAGUUGGUCUCCUGAAGAAGUGGAGGAGGCAAGAAAGAAAAUGUUCAAUGGUACUAUCCAGGCAGUUCCCCAAACCAUCACCGUCCUACCAGCUCCUUUGGCAACUGCAAAAAUGCCGCAGCCCAUCAUCCAGACAGCUUUGCCUUGUCAGAUACUGGGCCAGACUGGUCUGGUUUUGACUCCUGUGUCAAAUGGUUCAACUGUUUCCUGUUCACCAAUUACACUCGCUGUUGCCCCAAACCAGGGACAAAAGAGGACAAUACAGACCUUAUCAAGUGCCCCGGAGGCCAAGCGUCCUCACGUAGUUCAGGUGCCUGAGAUUCCUGCCAAGCUGACAGCUGUGCCGCUGACACCAGCCAGUGAGCGGAAGAAGACGAAGGAGCAGAUAGCAGAGCUAAAGGCCAGUUUCAUGGCAAGCCAGUUUCCUGACGAUGCAGAAGUCUACCGGCUUAUAGAGGCAACAGGUCUUUCCAGGAGUGAGAUCAAGAAGUGGUUCAGUGACCACAGGUACAGAAGUCAGAGGGGCAUUGUGCAAAUUCCUGGCGAUGCGUUAGGGAAAGAUCAAAUAACACCUUCAGCUGGUCGACGCGGCUGGUCCUUUCAUCCAUACACAGAUUUCACUCCCCAGAGAUUCAAAGAGAUAACCCAAGAGCAGCGUAGGACCCUUGAGGAGAGUUUCCUAAGAUGCUCUUUUCCUACCCAAGGAGAAUUGGACAGGCUUCGAGUGGAGACUCAGCUGAGUAGGAGGGAGAUAGAUUCGUGGUUCUCUGAGCGGAGAAAGAUAAGGGACAGCAUGGAGCAAGCUGUCUUGGACUCAAUGGGAUCAUACAGAAAAAUUAAAGCAAAAGGAACUCCCAAUGGUGCAAUAAGCCAGGCAGAACUUCUGAGUGGCUCUCAGCUUCCUGGUGCUUUAUCUGUGUCCUCAACCACAUUUAAGAAAACACAAGAGCAGAUUCAUCUACUGAAAAGUACAUUUGCAAGGACCCAGUGGCCAUCGCCCCAGGAGUAUGACCAGUUAGCAUCUCAGACUGGGCUCACAAGAACUGAAAUAGUCCGCUGGUUCAAGGAAAACCGGUCUUCACUAAGAACAGGGUCACUUAAAUGGAUUGACCAGUACCAGCAGCAGUAUGCUGUUGAUGGUCAUAACAAGCAAAGCCAGAAAAAGGGCUCCAAACACGCUGAGAGUCCAAAGAACGGUAACGAGGUGUCUCGGCAGCAUUACCAGGAUCAUAAAAAACUGAAUGAAGAGAAUGGAGGUAAACCAGUGGUGAGAGCAAAAAGAGACUGUGAACCACUGAAAGACUCUUUGUUGGGGAAUCAAGGAGAGGGUAUGGACAGGGUGGAUUGCAACAGCCACGACGGCCACGGCAGCGAGGAGAACGAGGAGCCGGCGGAGGUGAACUGGGUGGAGGUGACGGUGGGUGAGGACGACGCUGCAUCAGACUGUACAGACAGCUGGAGCCAAACGGCACCCGAAGGCCAGACAGAGCUGGCAGACUAUGACUCUGAAAGUAUAUCUGGAGACAAUUCCCACAUAUAGACAGGGGUACUCCUCAGCUGCACUGUCCUGACAUUGGAGGGGAAAUGCUGUCUGAAAAUAGAAGAAAACUCUAUUUUCCUGCCUGGGGUGAGAUAGCGUGUUGCGACUCCAAGUCUCAAGCGCCACUUGUGGAGGCACAGCGAGAAAUACUCUUGUGGAGUGUCAUCAUGGAAUCGUUGAUAGUGCCAAAGUCCUACUACUGCAUUUCAAAAGAAAAGAAAGAAAGAGAAAAGGGUCCUUGUACAUAGAUUUCUCUUCAGUUUCUCCCCCCCCACUUUCCUGCCCAGCCUCUUCCUCUACUGGAACAGAUUUGUACAACACGAAAAUUUUGUUAAUUUUUUUAAUAGAUGCAAGUUAUUCUUGCAUAUAAUGCAGAAUUUUGGGUUUGUUUGGGGGAGGGAGGUGUCUUUUGUGGAGGAGGGAGAGGACAAUUUUUUUUCUGAAGUGUUUAAAGACAGAGUUGCAAUCUUUUGGCGUCGUCUUGGUGCAGAUCAGCAUCUGAGCCCAGAUCCCCACCCCAGUUUACAUUUCAGCCCAGUUAAACAUGUUCUGGAGUGGUGGGCUUGUUUUUUUUUUUCCCCUUGUUGUUUUGAAUUUUUUGUUUUGUUUUAUGGCCACCUGCUACUGGUUGAAGUAUUUAAAUCUCUGCUUUUAUGUGCUCCUACAAGGCAAGUCUUCUCCGGCUCCUGUACUUCACUUUUCACCAGCCAGCCCCAGCUGUGGGUCUCUAGAGAUUUGGCUAGAAUGCCUUUUUUUGUUCUGAUUUGCUGGGUUUUUUUAGCACUUUUUGUUUAAACUUGCAGUACAACCUCCAGAGGGGUUGGAGUGAGGAAAUUAAGAUGCUUCAUAACUCAAACUUGUGUUUCUUUGGCUGGUACAGUGAUGGACACCAUAACCAGCAGUCUGCCCUCCAGCUUUAGAUGUUGUAGCGCACAACAGAAAUUUCUUAUUAACCCUUGCCACUAAAUUUUUAGAUCGAUCCUAGGUUCCUGAUUGCACUUUUUUUUUUUUUUUUUUCAAAUACUGCUAAUAUGGAUUUGUGUGGGAGUGUCUGUCCGUGCACAUGUGAGGAGGAAAUGGAGAGAGAGCAGGAGCCUGGGUGCAGGAGCCGUCCGGUGCGUUCCUCUGAUGAGCUGGGUUUGGAAAACUUGCCCACCUUUCAGUAUGCUGCACAAAUAGGUUGCUAGGGAGUUUGAAUAAAUCUGACUUUUCUAACUUGUUGCUCAGUUGUUGUAACUCAAUAAAGCAAAGGCUAAACAUUUUGGUAA